AUGAAUACCCCUGCGCACCAACUGCGCACUUGGCUUUCACUAGCUAUUGUGGGUUUGGUGUUUGCACCAUGUCAAUCCAGUCGUAUCUUGUGUGUCUUCCCCUCGCCCUCUCUGUCACACUUGUUGAUACAUGCCGAGGUUGCAGAGACAUUGGCCCUGAAUGGUCACAAUGUAACGGUGAUCGCUACAGUACCACCAACUAAAAUUAAGGCACCUCAUGUCAAUUACAUCCACAUUGAGGGUCCGAUGUUCAAUGAUGCCUUUGCCAAGGAGAUGUUAAACAAACCGGCUCAUGUCUAUAAGAAAUUUGCCAGUACUGUUAGCCAAGUUAUGACUAUGGCCAAUGCCACAAUGAACAACCCCAAGAUGUUGGAAUUUUUGGAAACCCAUAAGCCGGGAGAUUUUGAUGCUGUGGUAUUGGGUUAUUUUAUGAAUGAUUUCAUGUUGGGUUUGGGUGCCCAUUUCCAGUGUCCGAUAAUUAUCUCCUUUAUGGUCCAGCCAAUAUUUUCGAUUAAUACACUGAUUGGUAAUCCGGCUGAGUCGGCCUAUGUUCCCACAUUGUUUAUGGGCUUUAAGCAACCAAUGGAUUUCUGGAACAGGGUUAAGAAUUUUGUUUCGAUUAUUUUUGAAUAUCGAGUGUUUGCUGCUGUAAUGGGUCGCAUGCAAGAGGAAAUGUACAGAACGAGAAGUAUUAUUUCCAUAGUGUUUGUGCUCUGCACCUCGGCAGUCAUUCCAAAUGAAAGUGCUCGGAUUCUGUGUUGCUUCCCCUCGCCAUCGUUGUCGCAUUUGUUCAUACAUUUCUCAGUGGCGGAGACCCUGGCUCGUGAUGGUCAUGAUGUCACCGUAAUUGCCACUGCACCAAAUCCUUAUAAAAAUCUCAAUCUCGUCGAAUAUAUUCACCUGAAGGAACCCAUGUUCGGUGAGGAGUUUGCCCGCAAAAUGGUCAAUGAAACUUCACCGGUUUAUGUGAAAUUGGCUCAUAAUAUCGGUUUGAUGUUGGAUAGGACCAAUAAAAGUCUAAAUAAUCCAUUGAUGAAAAAAUUCCUUCGAGAACACAAGGCUGGUGAUUUCGAUUUGGUGGUGCUGGGCUAUGCCAUGAGUGAUAGUAUCUUGGGUUUGGGUGCCCAUUUCCAAUGUCCCAUUGUUUUAUCGUUUAUGAUCCAAAGUAUUUUCAUCACCAACGCCAUGGUGGGUAAUCCCAUUGAGACCGCCUAUGUGCCCAGUUUAUUUGUGGGUCUUAAACAGCCCUUGGAUUUUGGCAAUGUUGGCAAGGAAAAAUCAACUUUAUUACAGGUGAGUCCCAAGUAG